AUGGCAGAAUUAAACUUACGUGCAUCGGCAAUAAAUGCCAUUAAACGUAUAUACGAUCGAGUUCGUACAAUACAGCCGGGCUCAUUUGAUGAAUUUCAACUUGAGCAGGAAUUAAAGUCUGCAACAACACAUUUCUCCCGCUUCACGGCCAACCAUGAUCAGUUGGUGGGUAGUGCGAAGCCCAGCGAGUUAGACGCACACGCGACACUAUGGGAAGAGGUAGAGGAUGUGUACAACUCCACAUGCACCAUCCUGAAUCGCGAACUCAGGGGUGUAAAACGAAUUCCACCUGCUGGAACGCAACCACGAGAAUUUGAGGUUAAGUUAGAGCCGCUCGCAAUUCCCAUAUUUGACGGAACUAUGCAAAACUGGCUAGCCUUUAAAGAUGCGUUUGAAAUGCUCGUACACAAGACGGAUUACCCGGAGGCAUAUAAAUUAGGAAAAUUGCGACAAGCAGUAAGUGCGAGUGCGGUGCCUCUUGUUGGAAGCGUGUACUCUGGGGGAUAUGCAGAAUUGUGGACGGCGCUAAAGGAGCGGUUUGACAAUAGAAAACGGUUAGCUGAAACUCAUGUGUCCCGUUUACUCAAUAUCAAGCCAACGUCGGAGGACACAUCACAGGCAAUAUUGCUCAUCGUUGACACCGUCCACGAAUCUAUGCGAGCGUUACGUGUUAUGGGACUCCCGGUUGCCACAUGGGAUGCUGUGGUCGUGCCAAUAGUUGCUGCGAAGCUUUCAAUUGCAACUCAGCGUGAAUGGAGUAUGAGUUGUUCACCAACCGACAUCCCAAGCCUAGAUGAGUUACUAAAGUUUCUGGGACAGCGAGCUCACAGUCUCAGUACAGCAGUUGUCAUGUGGAACAAAGGGGCCGAUGUGUCGUCUCGUAGUCAACAACGUGCCAGCGGACCAUCACGUGCAGUAAAGGCGCACGUCGCAGCUGCAGAUGAGGGCAAAUGUGUAUACUGCCAGGGAGCACACCGAAUAACAAAGUGUGCACGAUUUCUGGCAAUGAAAUGCGAACAACGUAUUGAUGCAGUGAAGGCUGCAAAGCUUUGCUUCAACUGUCUUAAGCUGGGUCAUUCAGCAAGGCAGUGCACCUCUGGAGAUUGUCGCCACUGCAGUCGUAAGCACAACUCGCUACUUUGUCGCGCAAGUUCAUCACCCAACACAGCAUCAGAGGACACGGUUUCCUCAGUUCCUCAAGAGAGCUCGACUACAACAGUGCCCAAGAAGUCGGAACCCUGA